UCUCGGUUUGAGGGGUCCCACUCAGCUCAUGCUCAGUCGAGGAGGAGGAAGACGGACUGACACCAGGACGCGCAGACUGACACCAGGACGCGCAGACUGACACCAGGACGCGCAGACUGACACCAGGACGCGCAGACAGCCGGCAGUGUGAGGGGCCGUCAUGGUGAACCAGGUGCUGGGCCAGGUGCUGCCGCGAGGCGACGGGAGCUCGCGGUCGUGCAAGAGUGACUCCAGCGGGGAGAGCUCCAAGGAGAGCUCCCGGUGCUCCACGCCGGUGCUGGAGGCGGACCGCUCGGACCGGCUGCGGGACAAGAUGCGCCGGAGGACGGAGUCCGGGGACCGCUGGUUCUCCCUGGAGUUCUUCCCCCCGCGCACAGCCAGCGGAGCCGUGAACCUCAUCUCCAGGUUCGACCGUAUGGGCGCCGGCGGGCCGCUCUUCAUCGACAUCACCUGGCACCCGGCGGGCGACCCGGGCUCGGACGAGGAGACGUCCUCCGUGAUGAUCGCCAGCACGGCCGUCAACUACUGCGGCCUGGAGAGCGUCCUGCACCUGACCUGCUGCGGCCAGACCAAGGAGAAGAUCAGCGGCUACCUGGCCAAGGCCAAGCACCUGGGCCUCAAGAACAUCAUGGCGCUGAGGGGAGACCCGAUGGGAGCCGACUGGGAGGAAGAGGAGGAAGGCUUCAACUACGCCGCCGACCUGGUGAAGCACAUCCGCUCUGAGUUCGAGGACUACUUUGACAUCUGCGUUGCUGGUUACCCCACCGGCCACCCGGAGGCGGAGAGCUACGAGGAGGACCUCCGCCACCUGAAGGAGAAGGUGGACGCCGGGGCGGACUUCAUCAUCACGCAGCUGUUCUUCAGGGCCGACACCUUCCUCAAGUUCCUGGCCGACUGCCGCGCCGUCGGCAUCACCUGCCCCAUCCUGCCGGGCAUCUUCCCCAUCCAGGGUUACCAGUCCCUGCGUCAGCUGGUCAAGCUCUCCAAGCUGGAGAUCCCCGAGGAGAUCACCAGGGUGAUCGAGCCCAUCAAGGACAACGACGCCGCCAUCAGGAACUACGGCGUGCAGCAGGCGGUGGAGAUGUGCCGCGUGCUGCUGGACAGCGGCAAGGUGCCCGGCCUCCACUUCUACACCCUGAACCGAGAGGUGGCCAUCAUGGAGGUGCUGCGGCAGCUGGGCCUGUGGAAGGAGGACCCCAGGCGGCCUCUUCCCUGGGCGGUGAGUGCUCACCCCAAGCGUAAGGUGGAGGACGUGCGGCCCAUCUUCUGGGCCUCCAGGCCCAAGAGCUACAUCUACAGGACGCAGGACUGGGACGAGUUCCCCAACGGCCGCUGGGGGAACUCGUCGUCUCCGGCCUUCGGCGAGCUGAACGACUACUACCUGUUCUACCUGAAGAGCAAGUCCUCCAAAGACGCCCUGCUGCAGAUGUGGGGCCACGAGCUGCUGAGCGAGGAGAGCGUCUACGAGGUCUUCACGGCCUACAUCACGGCCCGGGAGAACCGCCACGGACACAAGGUGCUGUGUCUGCCGUGGAACGACGAGCCUCUGGCCCCGGAGACCAAGCCCGGAGACCAGAGAACAACUCGAAACAUGCAGCCCAACGCUGUGACUUGGGGGAUCUUCCCCGGCAGAGAGAUCGUGCAGCCCACCGUGGUGGACCCCGACAGCUUCAUGUACUGGAAGGACGAGGCCUUCGCCCUGUGGAUCGAGCAGUGGGCCAAGCUCUACGAGGACGAGUCUCCCUCCAGGAUGAUCAUCAAGUACAUCCACGACAACUACUUCCUGGUGAACCUGGUGGACAACGACUUCCCCCUGGACAGCUGCCUGUGGCGGGUGCUGGACGACAUGCUCGCCAUGCUGGACGCUCCUCCGGGGCCCGAGGACGGGGGGGCGGCCCCCGAGCGAGGGGCCCCUCUGGAACAAUGAGCUGCUGCUCUCCAGACGCCUCUCGUGUUUCAGAAGAGCUGAAUACAGCUCCAGCUUCAGUCCUGGAGACUCCGCCCCCUCAUGUGGACUGAAGACGUUCCUCCUGAUGGUCUGAUAGUGACACCUGAACCAGGUGAACCUGAGCUCCUCUCUCCUCUUAUUCUAUCUAUUGAACACAAUUCAAUAUACAUAACAUUUGCCAUAAAACUGAUUUUAUAUAAUAAUAUUAAAGCCUUAUUUUUUUUUAGAUUGUGUCUUUCAAUAUGAUAGAGUAUAACUAAUAUUGUGUUGAAUAAUAUAAUAAAUAAAUAUAGAACAGUAUAAUUCUG